AUGCCUCUGUGUCAGGCAGGCAUGAAGGCAGUUGCUGUAACUUUCUGUGUCCUCUGCUUUCAGUUUGAAGCCCUGUAUGGAGUUGACAGCUGCUCAUCAUGUGCAUGCAAAAAUAUAGAUCAGGCUCAUGUCUCUGAUGACCAGGUAAUGGUGGAAUUUGAAAAUGGAAACUUCCAUUUCACAUUCCCCAACCCCAAAAAUGUGAGUGAAUUCAGCAUGACCCUCUUCAAAGGGCAUGAAAAAAAGACGGGAAUCUGUGCAUUCCAUUUGAGCGAAGAGAGAGUUAUCUCCGAGAGUAAUGUCACCUACUGUCAGACACAGAAUUCAAGCAGCAGCACCACUUUCAUUCUUAAAAAUCUGGAGAGGAAACAUAUUGAUGUUUAUACAUACUGCCUGGAGAUAUUCUUACCCCCUCCUUACAUAGAGUGCUGUCUGAAAGAAACGUAUUUGUACAUCCAAGAUAAGGAGGACUGCUUUUCACUUGGACGCGUGCCAUGGAUUAUUAUCGGCGUGAUAAUUUUUGCCAUUUCCUGUGUCUGCUGUGUUGUGGCCUGUUGCUUAAGGAACAAGAAUCAGACGUGUGAAUCCAACUCCCUUGAGUACAACAGUGAAUACAUGCCCAUGGCAGCAGUGAAUGCAGCUAAAAAACCAAGAAUCUGAGGUAUAAGUUGCUUGCUGCAUGGAAAUUUUGGAACCAGUUUUCCAGCUACUUGGACAAUGGGAAAUUAGCAUUUCCCUAUCUUUCCCAGCCUCCCUGAGCUCUCAUGACGGCCCUGUGCUCAGUCAUGUGACACCCACUGUAGUACUGUUCUGAGCUGUGUUUUGCUCUAGUCUUGUUUGUGAACCAGAACCCUGCUUGAUCCACUGACUCACAGACGUGAAAUGAUAACAAGUUAAAGAUGUCAGCUUUUAGUUGAAGAAAAUGUAAGAUUCCUGUAGUGCUGCUACAGAAAGAACUUUUAUUUUCUAGUCUCCUUUAUGAUAAACUUUCCACUGGAGACAAAAAAAAGACUACCUCCAAAGCCAGCC